AUGGCAACGUCGGAGAUCGAGCCUGAAUCAUCGGGAACUUUGGUUAUGAGUAGAGCAACUGAGUCAGAUAAUCAUUUCGCCAAUCUCAGGAGCGUUCGGUGGCGCGUGAAUCUCGGAGUUCUUCCGUCAUCGGCUUCUUCAGUCGAUGAACUUCGUAGAGCAACAGCCGAUUCUCGCCGACGAUAUGCUCUUCUCAGGAGACGACUUUUGAUGGAUCCACAUUUACUCAAAGAUGAUAGAGAUUCCCUUAAUCUUUUCAUCGACAACCCAUUGUCCCAAAACCCAGAUAGCGCAUGGGGUCAAUUCUUCCGUAACGCGGAGCUGGAAAAAACAGUUGACCAAGACUUAUCAAGGUUAUAUCCAGAGCAUUGGUGUUAUUUUCAAGCACCUGGAUGCCAAGGCAUGCUAAGACGCAUUCUAUUGCUGUGGUGCCUUAAGCAUCCCGAGUAUGGCUAUGGGCAAGGAAUGCACGAGCUUUUGGCACCACUCCUUUAUGUACUUCAUGUUGAUAUCAUGCGUCUUUCUCAAGUGCGUAAAGACUAUGAUGAUUAUUUCACCGACAUGUUUGAUAGUUUAUCUUUCAAGGAAAGAGAUAUCAGUUACACCUUUGAUUUCAACAAGUUCAUAGACUCUAUGGACGAUGAUGAGCUUAGUUCCCAAGGAUAUUCAAAGAAAAUAAAAAGCCUAGAUGAGCUUGACCCUGAAGUCCAGUCCAUUGUAAUGUUGAGUGAUUCUUACGGGGCAGAAGGUGAACUUGGGAGUGUCUUGUCUGAAAAAUUCAUGGAACAUGAUGCUUACUGUAUGUUCGAUGCACUAAUGAGUGGGACUAAUGGUUGUGUCUCCAUGGCUAGCUUUUUUGGUUACUCUCCAGCCAAAGGAUCCCACACCAGGUUAUCUCCAGUUCUUGGAGCAUGUUCUGCGUUUUAUCGUCUCUUGGCGGUCGUUGAUGCAUCUCUGUACAGCCAUCUAGUUGAACUUGGUGUUGAACCACAGUACUUUGGUCUGCGUUGGUUAAGGGUAUUGUUUGGAAGAGAGUUUCUGCUUCAGGAUCUCUUGUUACUGUGGGAUGAGAUCUUCUUAGCUGAUAAUAGUGCAAGAACGUUUACAGAUGAUGAUGAGGAUAGUAGAAAUCACAUGUUCAGUGUCUUUGAUUGUCCUCGUGGAACCUUAAUCUCUGGGAUGGCUGUUUCAAUGAUAUUAUAUUUAAGAUCUUCAUUACUUUCUACUGAGAAUGCAACAUGCUGUCUACAGAGACUAUUGAAUUUUCCAGAGGACAUUGACCUCAAUAAGAUUAUAUGUAAGGCUAAGUGGUUACAAGCUUUGGUUCUGUCAAGUAAUGGCGUUUUCGAGCAGAGAAGUUCUGUUCCUAAAAGUGUUCCAUCUAAUUCUUCUUUGAUUGUCACACCUGAUUGCUACUGGGAGAAGAAAUGGAGGCUAUUACAAAAAUCCGAAGAAGAAGAAGAAAAGCAAAUGAGUCCUCCUACACAGAAGAAAAAGAAGUGGUUGAAGGUGACUAAUCUUUUCAGAGCAGUGACUGAUCUAUCACGUUAUAAGACACGAAGUGUUCUUGAAUCUCUGUCUCAGAAGCUCAGUUCUAACCCUGAAGGAGAAGCUAAUGGUUGUCCGGUAACUGUAAGCAUGGAGAACAGUCCUACUCAAGAAACUGAGGAAGGCAGUAUGGAUUUUCACACUGCAGAUGAAGAUAGUAUAACAAGUGAUGAGGAGAGUUCAUCUUUCUAUUCAGACCCAACCAGUCUUGUCAGAGAUUCAAACUACCCUGAAAACGAUUCAAAUAGCAGUACUGUCUUAACUUUGUGUCCUGAUGAAAAUAGUAAUAGCAUAGAUGAUUUACUCAGUGCAGAGGACUCAUCUGUCUCCUCAGAACCAACCAGUCCUGCUUCCAGAGAUUGUAGUACUAGUUCAGAUUCGGUUUCUGAAGAGAAAUGUACAGGUCAACAAACAUGUGUAGAUUCACCUCUUCCUAUAUCUCCACAUUCAAGAAAUGACUAUCCAGAAACUCAAUGUAAUGAAGACGAUUCCACAGAUAAAUCUGUGAGCAUUAUUACUAAGGAGCACAAGCUUGUAACUGGAAUAGUACAGUGGUUUUUGAAGUGUAAACGUAAUUUUUCUGGUGAAGAGACUUCUAAGAGAAACGCUACAGAGUCCCAUCCCCAAGCUUUAUCUUCUCACAAAACUGGUGACUUAGAUUCAAAUCUGAUGAAGACUCGGAAGACCCUUGGUCAGUCCAUGCUCGAACACAUUCAGGUAAUCGAGUUGAUUUUCCAACAAGAACCUGGUCUGGUUCAGGGAGGAUUGAUAAAGAACAUAGCUAAAACAGAGUUGAUUGAAAAGGGACAAGACACAGCUACAACAGCACUUAGGGAGCUUCGGAAAAUCAGUAACUUGUUGUCAGGGAUGUGA